CCGUUUUCACCUUCUGAGCCUUGUAGUUGAAACAUGAUGAACUAUAUAGGAUUGCACUCGAGGUUCAGGUAAAGCGGAGAUCGCGCUGAUGACGAAACUCACAGAGAAUGUACCUCCUCCUAUAUACUCGUUAUUAAUCUCGUACUCAUUUUUAUGCUCUAACACUCCCGUUUCAAACUAUUUAAGAACAGUAUUAAAGACACCUACGGAUAAUCACCGAAGAUAUGGUAUUCCUUCGUAGGUAUGAAGGAACUAAACAAAAUAACCCGUUAUGUGGAAAGGUGUAACCCGGAUGUACAUGGACCGAAUUAGACACAACAAUCUAGUUUCUCAUUUACGUUACCUAACACUAUAAGACCUGACGUGACUCUGUUUUGCAGGCAUUCUUUCGUAGUAUUGAAAAGAUGAGUAACUUGGUUUUAAUUCCUGCCUGCUCUCGCUUCUACAUGAUUUAUCAGAAGGUUAAGUGGCUGCUCUAGGGUGUUUCAAACAACAUGUUUGAAUAAUUCAUGCCCGAGUGCAUGGUCUAUUUCUACACAACCUCCAAGGAUUCGAUGACGAUCUCUUACGGACUCUCAAUCCGGGAGUUAAGCGCCCCUUGCCGACACCAACUGUUACGCCGAACAAAUAACCCACAGUGUAUUGUUCCCGGAUAACGUAUGGGCCGAGGUUGGUCCUGCGAUGAAUCAUUCGCGAUACGAAUAGCAGCGCUCGCUCCCGGACCAGUCAUUAACAUUAUCACGCUCUACCUUCAUCCAGAAACACUCGCGCGAGAACACAUACGCCGGACCGGAGUUAGAUAUCUCUUGUGUGCGAGUGCACUUGCUGGACCAUCGUGCCAUGCCAACCAAAUUCGUAGGGUUAUCCAACCUUCUUAUCAGCACCGAGAUGGUCAAGCCGUCGGACGAUCGCAGCUUGAAGAGUACUCUCACGUUGUAAGAUAUGCAUUGAAACCAGGCACUAUCACCGGCGCCGUUCAGAUUAUCACCAUCCCAAUAACAAGUGCACAGGAAUACUACCUAACGAGACCGUGUCCUAAAUUUGCUUUAAGAGACUUACUGCCACAUGAGCAAAAUAGUCUUCCUUCAUAAAUGAUAAUUCCGUUUGUUGUAAUUAGCGCGCCAUUGUCAUGUUCUCAUCUUUAAUUAUCCUUAGAAUUUCCGUCUGGCUCCUUGCUAACGCCCACGUUACUCAUCCAAGCACUCACGGAUUGAUCGCGUGGUCGGCUCGUCGUGAACUCCGUAUCUAACAUUGCGCCCCAUUAUGCAACAACGCUGCGCGAAUGGUGGAGAUGAUUCACAGAGCACUUUGAAGAGUAAUUGAACAUGCGCUUCGCGAAGACAAUCCGGAAGGUUUGACUGGUGAGAAAUGCGCACGGCAGAUCGAAGUGUUUAAACGGAAGUGGAUUCCUAGUAACUGAGUAAGCUUGUAAUUCCUUACUUCUUUCUGCGUGGUGCCGAUGCUGAUCGGCAAAUCUAAGCUUUUCUUCCUCUUUCCAUUUGUUAUUGUAAAAUAGGGUUCGCAACGCGCUCUCUCAGUAGUGCGUGAUAAAAUGAUUU